CACAGCUCUCACAUUUUUUUCAAUAGCCCUCAUGUUUUUUACACAACUCUCACGUUUUUUUCAACAGCCCUCACAUUUUUUCAACAGCCCUCAUGUUUUUGCCACAGCUCUCACAUUUUUUUCAAUAGCCCUCACGUUUUUUACACAACUCUCACGUUUUUUCAAACAGCCCUCACGUUUUUGCCACAGCCCUCACGUUUUUUACACAACUCUCACGUUUAUUCCACAACUCUCACAUUUUUUACACAGCUCUCACAUUUUUUUCAACAGCCCUCAUGUUUUUGCCACAGCCCUCACGUUUUUUACACAGCUCUCACGUUUUUUCCACAACUCUCACGUUUUUUCAACAGCCCUCGCGUUUUUUUUUACACAGCUCUCACGUUUUUUUCAACAGCCCUCAUGUUUUUGCCACAGCUCUCACAUUUUUUUCAAUAGCCCUCACGUUUUUUACACAACCCUCACGUUUUUUUCAACACAGCCCUCACGUUUUUGCCACAGCCCUCACGUUUUUUCACAACUCUCACGUUUAUUCCACAACUCUCACGUUUUUUCCACAGCUCUCACAUUUUUUCAACAGCCCUCAUGUUUUUGCCACAGCCCUCACGUUUUUUACACAACUCUCACAUUUUUUACACAACUCACAUUUUUUCAACAGCCCUCAUGUUUUUGCCACAGCUCUCACGUUUUUCCACAGCUCUCACAUUUCCACAGCUCUCAUGUUUUCACAGCUCUCACGUUUCCACAGCUCUCACAUUUCCACAGCUCUCACGUUUCCACAGCUCUCACAUUUCCACAGCCCUCAUGUUUCCACAGCUCUCACACUCAGCACAGGUACCCCUCAAGGCUGCAUGCUGAGCCCAGUUGCUAUUCAUUUCAUUGGAGCUUUAUUGAUAUGGGAAACGUAUGUUUACAUUGUCAAAGCAAGUGUUACAUAGAGCAAAAAAUUAAAAAAAAUUAAGAAGAUGUACAUAGUUAACAAUAUUGUACGGUAAAUAAAUGUGUAAUUUUCACAGAACAUUGUUUUUCUCUGCUGUGCACAUUGUGUCGUUGCUUUUUGUCACUUGGUUUCUGACUGAUAACUGGAAGACAAACAGGCAUAAAACUGGAACCUCUAUCCCAUUUUGGUGAUGAAGAUAAAUCUAGAACAAAAAAUGAGAGUGACUGAGGCACUUUUGAUUGAGAUAUAAUGCAAAAUGUACAGUAGUGUUCAGAAUAAUAGUAGUGCUAUGUGACUAAAAAGAUUAAUCCAGGUUUUGAGUA